AUGUGAAUGUAUGAAAUGGAAAGAUCCCGAUCAGAGCAGUAAUGAAGGACACCACCUAGGAAGGAGGUGUACGAAGUGUAUGGAUAGUGGUGGUAAUGCGCAUACUUGUAGCUGUAUUACUGGUGGCGGCACGCAGUGUACUGCUGAGAAGUGUAAAUGCGCUUUAGCAGGCAAAUGCUGCAAGUGUUGUUGUAAGGAUAAGUGUAGUAGUGGGUGUGCUGGAGAAAAGGCUAAGUGUAUCUGUAUCGAACAGGAGGACCAUCAGGGGACGAAUAACCGUGGCCAUCGUAUAUACAAGGACACUUAUCAGUCGGCAUAUGGAGGGAUAGUCAGCUUCGAUUCAUACGUAGGUGGAACGAAACAGGCAUACCGACAACCUAUAUGGAAUGACCUCAAUGGUACGUUACUUGGUGGCAACACCAUCCUAGAUCUACGUGACAAGUUGACGCCCUCCCAACGUCGCCACCAAUGUGCCCGUAUCCUCCUAGGGUCAGUAUGUCUCAUCUGGAGUAGCAUUACUUAUAUGUAUUGGACUGGAAAGUACCAUAAAAGUAGCCCCCGGUGGAACAACCAUAUCCUGGACGGCAGUGGCCUAGAUGACGGUACCCUGUCCCAAUGGUUACAGGCCCUAGGGUUUCCUAAGGAUAUGUUGAAUAACCAUGGUCCUGGAAAUAGAUGGGAUGCUAUUAUAUGGGAUGGGUUAAGGGAUAAGUUAUAUUUGGGAUUCCCGGAUACUGGUAAUGGUGCUAAUGUCCAUGGCAUUGACGAUAAUGCUAAUACAUUCAGACAACCAGCUGGUAUGAACUAUGCAGGAUACAUACAUACCUUAGAUAAGGGUGCAUUUGAUAAGGAGGGACCCUUCAAGGAUGGCACUGACAAUGGGACCGACACUAAUCAGGACAAACGAGGUGCCUUGUACAAGCUCCAUAUUGUAUCAUGUUCCUAUUUUACUGGAUUGCAGAAAAAGACUCCGCCGAAGGCGGAGAAUCGGACUCCUAAGACCAUCCGAGAGAUCCUAUACUGGCUAAGUGCAUUGCCCUAUAGUCAGGCGUAUACAAAGAUAAUGGAUCACUGUAAGGAGAAGCUAGAUGAUAUAUUCAAGGAUAGUAGCCAGCAAAAGCUCUCCUUCACCUUUAAGCCAGAUGCACGGCCCUUCACAGUACAACAGGUUGACCUCUACGCCCACUUCCAAGCAGUGACCCAGUACUGCCCACUGGUCCUCAUAGGUAUCCAGGGUGGCCUAGGCAAAAGCACUGGUAACACUAAAGGCACUGAUUCUCCUGCCAUUCACUCCCUCUAUGCCAACUCUCAGUGCUCCUUCACAUAUCCCACUGUGUCAAUCCAAGCAUACAACCAGGUGGUACACUACAUUAGGGCUCUGUUCUAUCAACUCUAUUUCCUAAGGAAGCAAUGUGAAGUAAAAGUUGCUAUGGGAGGUAAAUGGCGCGAGUGUAGGUAUGGCAAGGAUCUGGUGUCCAAGGGGGUAAUCAGCUGGAUGUGCCUGGGGUGUAACCCCAUGGAACAUGAUAGGAAAUGUAGGGUAAAGGAGAUGGGGAACAAACUCAACAAACUGCCAUUAGGAUCGAAUGGCAGUGAUGCAGGCAAGCUAAAGGAUGUACUGGAGAAGAUUGGUGAAGUAGUGGUACAAUUGGGUAAUGCCCAGCAGGCAUUGGAAGGGAAGGAUAAGGAUGCGAUGAAGGGGGUUAUAAAGAAACUAGGGGAGGCUAAGAUGGCACUGGAGGGGGCUAAGAAUGGGCUGAAUGGGAAACUAAAGGAAGCUAAGACGGCACUAGAUAAUCUGACAGGGAAUAAUGGUGGUAGUAAUGGAAAGCUAAAGGAUGUGGAGACGAAACUAGGGUCGGCAGCUAGGUGAAAAAGAAAAGUCACUGAAGGACUUCAUAGAAGUGUCCAGU